CGAAAAGGAAAUUUGGAACCGGCAACUUGGCAAAUUGAACGAUGAUUGGCUAAUGCUUCAUGUGAUCCUUGUGUUUACAUUUUUGACAUGCAUGAAACUAAUGUGGUACUUCGGAGUGAAAGUUGUAUGUUUUUAAUCAAAAACACUAUUAGUUGAUUAUUUCUUAACAGAUAUUAUCACUAAUUAAGGGUCCUUUAGGACUCCAAUUUUUCUUAUUCUAACGAAAGUAAAUGGUAAAAAAAUGUUUCUUCGCUUACCUGUAAGCAAGUUUCGUCAGCUUCAACUUACUAGUAUAAUUAAAAACACUAACUCAUAUUUGAUUUCAAAUCCCACAAAAAAAGUCUUCUCUCCAUCCAACUACUGUAAUUUUCAUCGAAUUUCAUCAGUAGCUGCUCUACAAUUGAGCUCCAUUUCAAAACAUAAAUAUCACCGCAUUAAUAACUUUCAAUUGGCAUCCUGUUCUUUAUACUGUACUCAAAACAAGAAUCCCGAAAAUGAUAGGAGUAGUUCCAGCAGCGGUGGAGACGACGGCAGUGAUUCUGAUGGCCCUCCCGAACCACCUGUUGAAUCAGGUCCUGUUUCACAACAUAUGGGUGCCCUCACUUCAAUGACAAUCCCAGAAGUUUGGCCUCUGGUUCCUGUAGUUGCUGUUAGCCGUAACCCAGUGUUUCCGAAAUUUAUCAAAAUUAUUGAUGUUACAGAUCCAAAUUUAGUUGAUUUAAUUCGUAGAAAAGUUAAAUUGAAUCAGCCUUAUGCUGGGGUGUUUAUGAAAAAAUCUGAAAGUGAAGCUGAAGUUGUGCCUAACUUAAGUGACUUACAUAAUGUUGGGACAUUCGUUCAAAUACAUGAAAUGCAAGAUUUAGGAAAUAGCUUAAGAAUCAUAGUCAUGGCCUAUCGAAGAAUAAAAAUAAUUAAACAAGUAUCUGAAGAAAAUGGUACAGAUUCUCAUAGAAGACGAAAACGUAAAAAUAAGAAAAUCAUCAACAAUGAACCAACAAACAAUGUACCAACAAGCAAUGAAACGAUUAACUUGGGUUCAGUUUUAAUGGUUGAAGUUGAAAAUGUGAAGCAUGAACCAUAUGAAGUUACAGAAGAGAUUAAGGCAUUACAACAAGAAAUUGUAAAAACAAUUAGAGAAAUUAUAGCAUUAAAUCCGCUAUAUAGAGAAUCUGUUCAGCAAAUGAUUCAAGCAGGACAAAGAGUUAUCGAUAAUCCUGAAUAUUUAUCUGACUUAGGUGCUGCUUUAACUGGAGCUGAACCUCAUGAGUUACAACAGAUUAUAGAAGAAACAAAUAUUCCUAACAGACUUCUUUUAGCUCUUUCAUUGCUAAAAAAGGAAUUGGAACUCAGUAAGUUACAACAAAAAAUUGGAAAAGAGGUUGAAGAAAAAGUUAAAACAAUGCAUCGGAAAUAUAUGCUUCAAGAACAAUUAAAAGCUAUUAAAAAGGAGCUUGGUCUAGAGAAGGAGGAUAAAGAUGCUAUUGAAGAAAAAUUUCGUGAAAGAUUAAAGAAUUUGGCAGUGCCAGAAGCAGUUAUGGAAGUAAUUGAUGAGGAGCUCAAUAAGUUAUCUCUAUUAGACAACCAUUCUUCAGAAUUUGGGGUUACUCGCAAUUAUUUGGAUUGGUUGACAAGUAUACCUUGGGGAAAAACUAGUGAAGAAAAUAUGGAUUUAGAUCGAGCAUCUCAAGUUCUGGAAGAGGAUCACUAUGGGAUGGAAGAUGUGAAGAAAAGAAUUUUGGAAUUUAUUGCUGUAAGCAAACUAAGAGGAAGUACCCAAGGUAAAAUACUUUGUUUCCAUGGUCCUCCAGGUGUUGGUAAAACAAGUAUUGCUAAAUCUAUUGCCCGUGCUUUAAAUAGAAAUUAUUAUCGAUUUAGUGUAGGAGGAAUGACUGACAUUGCUGAAAUAAAAGGACAUAGACGAACUUAUAUAGGUGCAAUGCCUGGGAAAAUUAUCCAAUGUUUGAAGAAAACUAAAACAGAAAAUCCCCUUAUUUUGAUUGAUGAAGUUGAUAAAAUUGGCCGGGGAUAUCAAGGUGAUCCUUCAUCUGCAUUAUUAGAAGUUUUAGAUCCGGAACAAAAUUCAAACUUCUUAGAUCAUUACUUGGAUGUAUCUGUAGAUUUAUCAAAAGUCCUAUUUAUUUGUACUGCUAAUGUCACAGAUACCAUUCCAGAACCUUUGAGAGACCGUAUGGAAAUGAUUGAAGUUUCAGGAUAUGUUGCUGAAGAAAAAAUAUCCAUUGCUGAGAAUUAUCUUAUUCCUCAAGCACGAGAAUCUACUGGUGUAUCUAAUGAACAAGUUAAAAUUGAGAAAGAUGCUUUGCAAAAACUAAUAAAAGCAUACUGUAGAGAAAGUGGUGUUAGAAAUUUACAAAAACAUAUUGAAAAAAUUCUUAGAAAGACUGCAUAUAGUAUAGUUAAACAAGAAAUUUCUACAGUAGAGAUUACUGAUCAAAACCUACAAGAUUAUGUUGGCAAGCCAGUUUUUACACAUGACCGAUUGUAUGAAAGUACUCCACCUGGUGUUGUGAUGGGAUUGGCUUGGACUGCUAUGGGUGGAUCUACACUUUACAUAGAAACUACUAAGUACAAACCUUUAAUUGAAGAAAAGAAAUAUGAAGGCUCAUUACAGAUCACUGGACAUUUAGGGGAUGUCAUGAAAGAGAGUGCAAACAUUGCAUAUUCUGUUGCUAAGUCAUUCUUGCUUCAAGAACAACCUGAAAAUGAGUUCUUGCAAAAGGCUCAUUUACAUUUGCAUGUACCCGAAGGUGCAGUUCCUAAAGAUGGACCUAGUGCUGGCUGCACAAUGGUUACUGCAUUAUUAUCUUUAGCCCUGGGAAAAUCUGUAAAACAAAAUACAGCAAUGACUGGUGAAGUGUCACUCACAGGGAAAGUUUUACCUGUUGGAGGUAUUAAAGAAAAAUCAAUCGCUGCUAAACGAGUAGGAGUUACUACUUUAAUAAUGCCAGCUGAAAACAAAAAAGAUUUUGCUGAUUUAGCAAAGUUCAUAACUGAAGGGUUGGAUGUACAUUUUGUGGAACAUUACAAGGAUGUUUACAAGAUUGUAUUUGAAUAGCAUAUGGAAUUUUAAGAUGUUUACAUUUUAUAGGUCUUUAUAAUUAUUUAAUAAAUAUUUAUUUAUUUUUCA